UUUGUUUUUCAGAAAAACAAAAAUAAGAAAAAAGGCAAAGAUGAAAAAUGUGACUCUGAAGUGACCACUCCAGAAAACAGCUCUUCUCCAGGGAUGAUGGACAUGCAUGAUGACAAUAGCAACCAGAGUUCAAUAGCUGAUGCAUCUCCAAUAAAACAGGAGAAUAGUAGUAACUCAAGUCCAGCACCUGAGCAGAACUCAGCAACACAAGCAGAUGGCACUGAAGUAAAGUCUGAUGAAACUCAAGCAGAUGCAAAGGAGCAACCUGGUUCAGAAGGUAAUACAUAUAGAUGUAUCUCGUGCCUGCAGCUUUUCUAAUAGGAAGCAUUAGUUUAAAUGAAUGCUUACAUUCAACAUUCUUGGUAAGAAAGAAGCUAAAAUAAUAAAACUGGAACAGAGUGACUGGCAUUGAUACAAAACACAACCAUCCAUUCUUUCAACACAACAAAACAACAACUACAGCUCUCAAAACAACUCACAAAUAAAACACGAUGAGUUGUAACAGACCACGUGUUAUUAACUCUUUAACUUCUCCAUAAUCAUGUGGCUUAAGUCUUCUAAACUUCAUUGUAGUAAUGUUGUGUAAAUCAGAGUAAAAGUCCUUGGUAUGUAAGUAUUUCAUUUAUGUACUUAAAAGUCCUAUUGACUUCACAGGGAGCAAGAGCAGGUUUGAACUAAAUUACAAAAUUAAUUACUUCCAUGAGAAUUCUACUGACUUCAGUAGUAGCUGUCCCAGUUCUGAAAUCUUUACUGCGUCUAUAUGCUUUGCGGUUCCAAAACAGAUAGUGGAAAAUAUUUUUCUGCUUGGUUUUAUACCUUAGAGCAGUGGUCACCAACCAGUAG